AUGCCAGCUUCCUCAAUACCACUGUUGUACCGUUGCCUACUGCUUGUAUCAUGCCUUCUGCUCUUGGAAGAAGCAGAUGCGGCGCACCAUGGAGGGAUCUCACUGAGGUCGCAACACAUGGCCCUCCUCCACUGGAAAGCUACACUUGCGAGCCCACCACCGCAGAUGAGCUCUUGGCAGGAAAACACCAGCUCGUGCAACUGGACGGGCAUCAUGUGCACGGCUGUUCGCCAUGGCCGCCACAUGCCCUGGGUGGUCACCAACAUCUCCCUGCCAGAUGCUGGCAUCCGUGGCCAGCUUGGUGAGCUCAACUUCUCGGCUCUUCCAUUCCUUGAAUAUAUCAACCUUACUAACAAUAGUCUCCAUGGUGCACUGCCCUCUAGUAUCAGCUCCCUGUCAGCACUUUCAGUACUUGGCCUUCAAUACAACCAGCUCACAGGGAAAAUUCCCUAUGAGAUUGGUCACCUGCAAAGUCUCAGGCGGCUUGGCCUCGCAUAUAACAGACUCACAGGGCAUAUCCCUGUGUCUCUGGGUAAUCUAACAAUGUUAACUGAUCUUUUCAUUCACCAAACCAUGCUAUCAGGCCCCAUUCCCGAGGAGAUUGGAAGGCUUGUCAACCUACAAGUUCUACAGCUAAGCAACAGCACCUUAAGCGGCACGAUACCAAAAACCCUUGGAAAUCUGACCCAACUAAAUACUUUGUUUCUCUAUGGUAAUCAACUUUCAGGACCUAUACCCCAAGAACUAGGCAGGCUAGUACAUUUGCGAAGUCUUCAGCUUAGUAUAAAUGAUUUUUCAGGUCCAAUUCCAAUCUCGAUAACCAAUCUCACUAAGAUGAAUGAUCUUUUUCUCGGUGAAAAUCCACUCACAGGUUCAUUACCCUCAGAACUAGGCAAUCUCGCUAUGCUAAACCGACUUUAUGUCUACAAAAGUCAAAUAACCGGUUCAAUACCCCCAGAGUUGGGGAACCUCACCAUGCUCAAUUCCCUUGCUCUAUAUACAAAUCAAAUCACAGGGCCUAUACCCCAAGAACUAGGCAAGCUGGUCAAUUUGCAAAGUCUAGAGCUUAGUAUAAAUUAUUUUUCAGGUCCAAUUCCAAUCUCCAUAGCCAAUCUCACUAAGAUGAACACACUUUUUCUCUCCAACAAUCAGAUCACAGGUACAGUACCUUCAAAAUUGAGCAUCUUGUCGAAUCUCCGGUUUUUAGACUUCUCCCACAACCAAAUAUCUGGCUCUAUUCCUGGCAGCUUAGGAAAUAUAACCAAGCUGAUACGACUAUCCCUCUCUGUAAAUCAGAUAACCGGUUCCAUCCCCCAUGGGAUUGGCAAUCUGAUGAACCUCGAAUAUUUAGGCUUGUAUCAGAACCAAAUUUCAGGAUCAAUACCAAAAACUUUUGGGAAGCUGCAAAGGAUUAGAAAACUGCAAAUCUUUAAUAACAAUUUAUCAGGUUCUCUUCCUCAACAAUUUGGAGAUCUCAUCAGCCUUGUUGAAUUUGGGGUGUCUAAAAACUCACUUUCAGGACCAUUACCUGCAAAUAUAUGUUCAGGUGGCAAACUUGAAUAUUUCGAUGUUUCUUCCAAUAUGUUUGAUGGCCCCAUUCCCAGUAGUUUAAAGACUUGCACGGGUUUGAAACAAGUUUACCUUGAGUUGAACCAACUAUCAGGUGAUAUAUCUCAGUAUUUUGGUGUGUAUCCACGACUCAUGACGAUGUCCUUGACAUCGAACAGAUUCUCUGGGCAGAUCUCACUCAAUUUUGGUGCAUGUACCCAACUAAUGGUCCUACAUCUAGCACAAAAUAUGCUCAUGGGUUCCAUUCCACCGAUCCUUUCUAAAUUAUCCAACCUAGAAGAACUAGCACUCGAUUCUAAUCAUCUCCAUGGUGCGAUUCCACCAGAAAUCUGUAGUUUAAAUAAUCUAUAUAGACUGAACUUAUCAUCAAACCAAUUAUCUGGAACCAUACCCACACAGAUAGAAAAGCUACGCAAUCUACAAUACCUUGAUAUAUCUGGGAACAGACUGAGUGGAAUAAUACCUGAGGAACUAGGGACCAGCAUGAAACUACUGUCCUUGAAGAUCAACAACAACAACUUCAGUGGAAGUUUGCCAGGUGCGAUUGGAAAUUUAGCAGGCCUGCAGAUCAUGUUAGAUGUGAGCAACAAUAACUUAACUGGCAUGUUACCGCAGCAACUUGGGAAGUUGGAGAUGCUAGAAUUUUUUAAUUUAUCACACAAUCAGUUCAGUGGCAGCAUUCCGUCGUCCUUUGCAAGCAUGGUGAGCCUUUCAACAGUUGAUGUGUCCUACAAUGACUUGGAAGGACCGGUCCCAACAGCAUGGCUACUCCAAAAUGCUUCAGCAAGUUGGUUUCUUCCCAAUAAAGGUCUAUGUGGUAACCUCUCUGGCCUGCCACCUUGUUAUUCAACUCCAGUAGCUGCUCACAAAAAGGGGAAGAUACUUGGUUUGCUUUUGCCAAUUGUUCUUGUGAUGGGUUUCAUCAUUGUUGCUGCAAUUGUUGUCAUAAUAAUACUUACUCGUAAGAAGAGAAAUCCACAAGAAAGUGUUACUGCUGAAGCAAGGGACCUAUUCUCUGUUUGGAAUUUCGACGGAAGAUUAGCAUUUGAUGAUAUUGUAAGGGCGACCGAAAACUUCGAUGAUAAGUACAUCAUUGGAACAGGAGGAUGCGGCAAAGUGUACAAGGCACAACUCCAAGAUGGGCAGCUAGUUGCUGUGAAGAAGCUUCAUCAGACAGAAGAAGAGUUGGAUGAUGAAAGAUGGUUUCGCAGUGAAAUGGAAAUCUUAUUACAGAUCCGCCAAAGAAGCAUUGUCAAAAUGUAUGGAUUCUGCUCCCAUUCAGCAUAUAAAUUUCUUGUCUACGACUACAUUCAGCAGGGAAGCCUCCACCGAACAUUGGAAAAUGAUGAGCUAGCGAAGGAAUUGGAUUGGCAGAAGAGAAUUGUUGCUGUAAAUGAUGUGGCUCAAGCAAUAUCUUAUUUGCACCACGAGUGCAAUCCACCUAUAAUCCAUCGAGAUAUAACGAGCAACAACAUCUUACUUGAUGCAACCUUCAAGGCUUUCGUCUCGGAUUUCGGCACAGCAAGGAUUCUUAAGCCUGAUUCAUCAAACUGGAGUGCACUAGCGGGGACGUAUGGGUACAUAGCUCCUGAACUCUCGUACACAUCUGUUGUCACGGAGAAAUGUGAUGUCUAUAGCUUUGGCGUGGUUGUGCUAGAGCUACUUAUGGGGAAGCAUCCAAGGGAUCUAUUAGACGGUAGUUUUUCAAAUGGGAAACAAGCUAUGCUGGUGAAAGAUAUUCUGGACCAGCGACCGACAACACCAACAGCAACAGAAGAGAAUAGCUUAGCUCUGCUCAUCAAGCUGGCCUUCUCUUGGUUGGAAUCUUCUCCACAAGCAAGGCCAACCAUGAGGCAGGCAUACCAGACACUCAUCCAGCGACCCUCUUCUAGUUCCUCUUCCGUGCCUUUCAGUGCACUAACACUAGAGCAAGGGAUACAUGUUGACAUGUGA